GUGCCUCCCUCAUGCUGAAUUAUAUUUGAGACUGCAACAGUUGGCAAUAUUUGGAUUUGAGAAGACAUUCUGAUUUUAAUAUACUUUAAAUGGCAGCUUUUUCUGAGUUAGGGCACUAAAAUACAUCAAUAUGUUACUCUUGACUAUUUAUUUUUCAGCACAGCUAUUAAUGUAUUUAAAUUACUCUAAGUGCAAAAUUAAGAAAUUUAAACCUCGUCUCCUCGCAAGUCCUACUUCUAUAAUUUUUACUUGGCCUACUCUACCACUAGACCAACUAACACCAAACAUUGGAAUUAUACUGUAUUUUUUGUAACUUUCAGCCUCCUAGCAAUUAGCACAAGUCUUAUCCUCCUUGUCACUUUCUGAAAUUUUUCGGUAAGUAGAAGCUGCUGGACCAGUAAUAAAAAAACACCAAAUCCUGUCCCAGAUUCUGCAGCUAGAGAUGCAAGACUCGUUUGAGCCAUUGAUUUGAUAAUUUUGAUAAGGGAUGAAUUGUUAUGGAUAGGUAGGUAUUGACCAAUCCAAAACGAUCCUUGAUAAAUCCGUCUCAUAAUCUUAAUAGAAGUAUGGGAUCACUUAAUCCAUAGAGAUUGCAGCACUCCCAAAUUAUGGUUUUAAAACCACCUUUAUUUCACACAUGGCACAGCAACAUUUCAGACCCCAUUGGUCCUUUAUCAAGCUGACAAAGUAUAUAUCAAAUCGUUAGCAGCUUCCUUAUGUACCUAGAUGGCAGUGCCCUCUAGUGGAUAUAACACAUUGUAUUAAAAAUACAUAUAACAGGGUUCCACCAUUAUUCUUAAUGCAUCACAAUAAAUCUUUUUUAGGAGGGAAGCCAACUUAAAUUUACGACCACUUGCACUUGUAGAUUCAUUGAUGGCCACUGAGGAAUAAAAACAAAAACGGCCAUCAAAACCUAUUAGGUAAAUAAGUAAGCUGCAUAAAUAAAUAUUUGUGGCAAACAAUCCUAUUGGUUUUAUUUAUUGUUUAAAUGUUUUUCCAGACUUAAGGUAGGGAAUUAAGGAAUGGCCCCUUAUCUGUCCCAAACAUUCUGGAUAAUAGAUCCUAUACUCUUAUCUUCUCUUCAUAUGAGCUCUGAAGAUAUUACUGAAAUAUGUUUUUUUCCAUUUCAGGCAAAAUGUGUUUAAAGACUGCAAACGAGACUGCUACCAAAGAAUUCUUAAUGCUAGCAUUAACUAACCUUCCAAUUCUUAAGUUUGUUGUAUUUUUUACUCUGUUGCUUAUUUACCUCCUGACACUUAUUGGAAAUGUAACCAUCAUACUGGUUUCAAAAGUUGACAAGAACCUGCACAAGCCCAUGUACUUCUUUCUGGGAAAUCUCUCAUUCCUAGAUAUCUGUUAUACUUCAACCACUAUGCCCAAAAUGUUGGAAAUCCUUCUAGUGGAGAGGAAAACAAUAUCAUUUGCUGGUUGUGUAGCACAAAUGUAUUUCUUCAUAACCUUUGUAGGAACCGAGUGUGUUCUGCUUUGUAUGAUGUCUUAUGAUCGCUUUUUGGCCAUAUGUCACCCUCUUCGUUAUUCUGUUCUUAUGAAUAACAACAUUUGCAUGAGCUUAGCAGGGAUCUCUUGGCUGAGUGGCUUUGUUAAUUCUAUUGUCCACACUGUCUUUACUUUUCAGAAGCAUUUCUGUGAUAUAAAUAAGAUUGGUUACUUUUAUUGUGAUAUACCCCCUCUCCUUUCCAUCUCUUGUCAAGAUACGUCUGUUAAUGAGCUUUUAUUAUUGUCAAUUGGCAUUUUCAUAGGCUGGACACCAUUUUUGUGCAUCAUUUUUUCUUAUGUCUAUAUCCUCUUUACUAUAAUGAAAAUAACUUCAAAAGAGGGCAGGCAAAAAGCUUUUUCCACCUGUAUCUCUCAUUUAACUGUAGUAGUCCUUUACUUUGGGAGUGUAAACUUCAGCUAUGUGAGACCAAUUUCCACAUAUUCUUUGGAGAAGGACAGAUUGAUUUCAGUGCUGUAUAGCGUAGUUUCUCCAAUAUUAAACCCAUUGAUAUAUACUUUAAAAAAUAAAGAUGUGAAAAAAGCCAUGGGCAGACAAUUAAUUCGCAAACUGCAUUAGAUCAGUUAUGUGUUACCUAUUUUUAACUGUACACAAGCUAAUUUUAGAAUAAGGCAUUUGUUAGAAGAUCUAGACAUUUUGAAGUCAUAAGAAGUCUUAUGUGAAUAUUUAAUUUCACCUUAAUGACAGUAUGUUACCUCUUAUUUACACUUAUAUAUACUGCCAUGUAGAUAAACAUGGAUUACUAUGUAAAAUAACUGAAAUCUCAUAAUACUGAAGAUUUAUAUAAAUAAACCGUUCAACCAUAGUUUGUAAUAAAGUUACAGAAAUCUGCAGCUUGUUUUUCAGGGGUCGUGGGAGUUGCUGACCAAGUUAUAGACAUCAAAGGAUCCUUGAAUAAAGAAAGUCUGAUAACAAAUCUAUAUUUAUAUUCUGUAUUAUGAUACUAAUUAUAUAUAGUUCUAUAAACAGAAUAUGUCAAUUACAACGAGUCCCAAGUUAUCUUAGAUUUGUUGGAAACUUCUUCAUAUCAAGCAUAUGGUACUGUUCUGUUUGUAGAUGAGCAAAAUAGUUGACCCUUAAAAUUAAGAUAUGAAUUCAACUGAUUCUUGAUUGUUUUUG